UAGUCCAGCUUUUUUUUUUUUUUUUUUUUCUUCUUGCUUUCCUUCAUUCACAGCCUGUCAAGCCUGAAUUAUUAACAACCAUGAUUCUGAUUUUGAUAUAUAUAUAUUUUUAGUGAAGAAGGUGCUUUGUUCUUUCUCUAAGCAAACUGAAAGACUGCAGGUAUUGGCCUGCCAAUAGAUUUGCUGGUGUAGAGGUGUCAACGAUUGGUUUUUCAGGCCUCACCAUAGUUGCACUGCUUAGAUUGCUCCGUCCAUGUCACAAAAUAAAACAGCUACUAUUCAUCACAGAAUUGGCUAGUCAUUCUUUUGGUUCUAGUUUACUGAGAAGACCAGCUUAUGGGUGAAAGCAGUGGCAUGAAGGAGGAACAUGCUCAAUGAGCCUCCUAAGAGAGUAUCGCGAUCAGCCCAGUUUAUAUCGCCGUCUCUCUAAGAGCAUCAUCAGAUGGUAGUUUGGCUGUUAUGUGAUUUGAUCAUGUGGAUAGCAAAAAGGCCUAUGGAAGAAACAGAAAGAAGUGGACACUUUUUGAGAACAAUUUCUUGAGAUGAAGACCACUGUUAUUAUGACCAGUGAUGGUGGCACCAAAAGAGUGUGUGAGAGAAAGAAAGACCCACAUACCAUUUGUGGUAUCACUGUUGCCACAUCACAUUUUUCUUUUUCACCCUUCUUCAUUGUCUGCCAACUGUUGGAUUUGGAGCUCCCUAUGCAGUUUUGAACAUUUCAUUUUGUUCCCCCUUUGACAUGGGGACUAGACUUGAAUACGCCGUCAAUCUCUUAGCAACCUCACCAAACAGCAACAGCUUUACUGUGCAUUGUGUGGAUGACUGGGAGCAUUUCAAGAAUAGAGGACUGAAGGGGAACUGCUAUACAACUGUAGUGGACAGCUCUGAGGACUCCAUGGACAGGAAGCUAGAAAAGCACAACUUAGAAUCCAUCAAAAAGACAAUGCAGAUGCAUGAAGAUGUCUUCAAAAACCAGGUGAAGGAACUGCACAGACUCUACAAAGUGCAGAAGAUACUAAUGGGUGAGCUGAAAAAAGAACUUAAACAAAACAGAUAUUGGAGUUCCAUGACUAGCUCAGAUAUAAGCCAUGCUCACUUCAUUAACUCCCACCAUCCAUCAAUGCAAACCACAAGUGAAUUUAAUUUCCAAAUUCAGAGCUUGAGAGACGAUCCAAACUCAAGGGAGCGAAGUGGCAGUUGCUCUGGAGACACCAUGAAAAUGGCAAGGGGAUUUGAUCUUGAAAGGCCUGCUGCUGAGGAAGACAGGUCCACAGGAGUCAGUGCCGUUGAGGAAGACCAAGCAGGGCCAAGUUCCCAGAUGCCCACCAGCAGUCAUAAGAUGAGCGUUGCUGGUUCUGAUGAAGAUAGUGAAGUAGAGCUGACAUUAAGCAUUGGAGGUUGCUUGAGCAAGAAGGCAUCAUCAAAAUCCUCAAAAACUCAGUUAGGAUUAUGUGAUUCCUCGUCCCAUAAAGGAAUUAGGGAGAUUGAUUCAUCUGCCUCUUUCAAAUCGGACCGAGGAGAGGAUUGUAGUGACCCCAACACCCCCAUGAGCAGCUCCAGUGCUACAUUUAAUCAGGAAACAAACCGGCCGCAUUGGCUUUUCCAAGGUUUAAAGCUCAAAUAGGAUUUGAACAUGGAUUUGAACUUGAUAUUGUGUUUAUCCUUUUGCCUGUAUAUGGACGAUUGUAUUUUACACGGUUCAUGCAUUGAGAUAUCUGAAUUAGUUGUCUCCUUACUCUAAUAAUGGGAUAAUUAACACACCUAUAUCUGGGGUGUACAUUGCUGUAAA